CGUCAAGCCGUGGGUGGUGGAAAACCUGCAGACGAGAGAGUGGCUGGAGCGCACCAGCUACGGCGGCUUUGUGGCGGUCACUUGCCGUCGGCAGGAUGGACAUGAGUCCUCCUUUGCCCUGGGGGAGGACGACGCCUCUCUCAUUGAGACCUACUUCAAAAAAGUCAGGUCAGGCGUUGUAAGGGGCAACAAGAUGGUCGGGACCCAUCUCUUCCUCUACCGCUCUGGGGCCGUCAUCGCCAGCGCUCACGUGGAGUUGAGCCGCCUUCAUCGCCACUACAACCUGCCGGCCGUCUCCAGCCAGGACGCGUGCCUCAUUGCCGCGCGGGAUGCCAGUCUCCUUCCCCAGGCAGAAAUGGGAGCACUCCUGGCCUACCUGGGAGUUGGCCAGGAUGAGCAGGAUCUCACAUCCAACCCCUCAUCAGUUGGCGUUGGUGGCCACCAACCUGAACAGUUUGGCCGGCAGCCCCUCUGGCCGCCAUCAAGCGCGCAAGCGGCCGCGGGAAACCAGCCCCGAGGAGAGCACAGAUGUGGGCGCUUUUUUCCAGGAGUUUCCUGUGACCCUGGACGGCCAGGCGCCCACCAAGAAGCAGAGGUGGGACAAGAGCUUCUCCGCGGACAGGGCGCUGUAUGACUUGUGGAGGACGCACCAGCGAAAGCUCCGGCGCACACAUCUACUCGCCUACUGGACCCGAAAGAAGCCGUCCGUUGUGACGGUCCAGGGCUACAUCAAGAGGUCUGGCUGGAGGUCCAACUGCGUCUCUGCCCGGGAGGUUGUGGAGGGCUGGACUCCGCCACCCAAAGUGGGUCUGACCAAUGACCCGGACCUGAUCGGGCACAUCAGGAACCAGAGCUGGCCCGGGCUCACCAUCGCAGAGAGCAAAAUCCCCAGAGCAGGCAACGGUGUCUUUGCCACCAAGGACUUUGCCAGAGGCACCGUCGUCUGCGACUACCAUGGCCCGGUAGUCAGCGCCGAAGAGGGCAUGCGCGUGCUGGAGGCCCUGCAACCUGGCGAGGGGAGCUAUGUCUUCUUUUUCAAGGCUGGGGAGCAGAGGCUCUGUGUUAAUUCACAAGUAGCGCCUUGCCAGUGCCACCCGGACAGAGCCACCUUUGGGAAGAUGAUUAAUCACUCCACCAAACGGCUGAAUGUGAAAGGGGUGGUUUUCCAAGUCCCGGGGGAGGACCGCCCCGUUUUUCUCAUUAAAGCCGCACGGGACAUUAAGGCCGGCGAGGAGCUCUUGAUUGACUACGGGGUGACCCAAAGGUCAUUUGGUGGGGAGGCUCAGGGUCUUUCGUGGCUGGACAAUUAGCCGGUGAGCAGGGAUGGCACGGUAGGUCUGGUGCCGGACCCGUUCCGGAGGGCUGUUCCCCCUGCGUGCCUGCACAGAGCGAAAGACAUCAGCGACCCCUCCGCUCUCACCGUGGUCGUGGUGGGGUUUUGCUGGAACUUCGUGUGUCACACACAGCUGGGUUGUGUGUGUUUUGCGUGCGUGCGUGUGUUUUUUUUUGUUCUACAGAGUUUGCAGUGAUGUUAUAUUUUU